AUGGUGACCAGGCGGCUGAGCGCAGAGCAGCCUUUAGCCAGUAGCCCCAUGGUCGCCAGGGGGCGCCAUUCUCCCUGCCGAGAGGUCGACACGGUCUGUCAGAGACUGUCUCUGGAUUCACCGAUUGGGUGUGGUCUGCUUCUGGAGAACAGGACAGAUGCUCAGAGAAGGCAGCCAUUCUCUGUCAUGUAUCUGGCUCCCUCUACUCCAGACCAGUCUAAACCACAGCUGACUCUGGCACUGCCCUCUCUGCAGGAUGACUACUCCUGUCUCACUCGGUCCUCUUCUGUGUCCUGGAGCAGAGAUGGAUGUAUACUGGGCAUCGGGAACAAGGAGGGCGACGUACAGCUGUGGGAUGUGGAGAAGAGGACCAGACUGAGAACUAUAACGUCACACCUCUCUGGAGUGGGGGCGCUUAGCUGGAACCAACACGUACUCAGCAGCGGUUCUGUUCUCGGGCUAAUCCAUCACCAUGACUACCGACUUGACACCCCGACAGUGGGUGUGUUCCAACAACAAGGGGCCGUGUGCGGGCUGGAGUGGGCGCCGCAAGGAGAUUGGCUGGCCAGUGGCUCAAUAGACGGCCUCCUCAACAUCUGGACCAAUGACCUGGGGUCUAAGACGAAGACACACCCACCUGCUAGGACAAUGACACAACCUAGUGCGGUCAAGGCUAUGGCAUGGUGUCCUUGGCAGAAGGAGCUGAUCGCCACGGGAGGGGGGCAGAGCGACGGUGUUCUGAGGAUCUGGAAUAACCAAUCAGGUACCUGCGUUGACUCCGCCCAGACCAACUCACAGGUGUGUUCCGUGGUCUGGUCAGAGGAGAGGAAGGCUCUGUUCACUGGCCAUGGUCUUCCUCAUCACCACAUAACCUGUUGGAGCCCCUCCCCCUCACUGGAAGAGACCUACCAGCUACAUGGUCACAUGGGUCGUGUUUUGCACCUGGCCCUCAGUCCCAAUGGAACCAAGCUCCUCUCAGCUGGAGCAGACUGUCUGGGCCAUGUCUGGAACACCUAGAACACCUAGAACACCUAAAACACCUAGGACACCUAAAACACCUAGGACACCUAGAACACCUAGAACACCUAGAACACCUAGAACACCUAGGACACCUAAAACACCUAGGACACCUAAAACACCUAGGACACCUAGAACACCUAGAACACCUAGGACACCUAGGACACCUAAAACACCUAGGACACCUAAAACACCUAGGACACCUAAAACACCUAGGACACCUAGAAGUAAGCUCCUUUCCCUUCCUCUCAGCUGGGGCAGACUCUCUAAGCCAUGUCUGGAACUCCUAGAAUCAACACAGACAUGCAGAUGCAUGCACACACACACACACCACACACAUUCAAUAAGGUAUGUAUGGGCUGUUCUCAUCAGAAAUGAUUCAGGUGUUUGAGGUUUGACUUUCAACACAACAAAUCCUCUCAGAGCCAGAUGAAAUGGCAACUGAGCUUUUCUGAGAGAUGUAUGAGAUGAAAUGGCAACUGCCCUCAUCACCAACAUGCCUUUUGAGAGAUGUAUGUGAAUCAAAUAAAAUGUAAUUGUAUUGGUCACAUACACGUGUUUAGCAGAUGUUAUUGCGUGUGUAGCGAAAUGCUUGUAUAGUCAGACCUGGUCACGACUGGUUCUAGCUGAACUUUCCCAGUUAUUUGUCUAAAUGCAUCGUUCAGUUGUAUGAUCAGUCAAAUGAUUGGAUAUGUUUGUGAUAACAUGUUCAUUUGACGUUUUGUGGUGUAUUUUUUUCAUAAAUAAAAAAUAACUGUAUAAAUAUGUUUCUUUGAUGAAACAAGAGUAAACAUUUUAGGGCUUUGAUCCAAUUAAAGCAUACA